AAGAGCAACAAGCCCAGUUUCGUUUUUCUUACAGCCGAGUCAUUAAAAGGACCCGCUGUAAACGAAUCACAGCCUCAUUCACCAACAUGUUUUCGUGGGGAGAGGACUACCGGCAGAGCUUUCGCCAGAAAAAGGGCUCAAAUGUCCCAACUUCAGAUCGAGUUCACUUUCUAAACGUCAGCUUCCACAUCAGGGACCUUUCUGCUGCUCGCAAUGUUCUCGCUUUCGUCAAAGAUGCUGGAGAGGCGUCUAUUAUCCGCACACAGGAGAGCGCAGAUGGGAGAAGAGGGAAACAAAAGUUUGUUGACUGCGGUGAGAAGAUCCGGGCUGUUAGCUGUGGAGAUGAUGUUGUCACGCUGCUCUCUGAUGGAGGUAAAGUCUUCUGCUUGGACCCAAAAGUCACUCCGUUCACUCCCAGACCUCCACCAGCGCUGUCCGGCGUCAUAGUGACCCAGAUUGCCUGUGGGAGCCAUCAUACUGUUGCUCUCACCAAAGAUGAUCAAGUGUACACAUGGGGAAAGGACUCCAGGGGUCAGCUGGGACUGGGUGGGAGUCAUUCUGGAGCCGGCUCACCUCAACACAUUAGAUCUCUGUCCGCCAUCCCGGUGGUUCGCAUCUCUGCGGGAGGAGAGCACAGCUUUGCUCUCACCGUGUCCGGAGGCGUGUUUGGCUGGGGCAGAAAUGACUGUGGUCAGCUCGGACUGGGAGACACUGAAGAUAGAAACACACCAGUGCUGGUCAAUUAUCUGAACACGAAGAAAGUCGCUCAUAUUUCCUGUGGACAGAAACACACUGUUGCUCUGACAAAGGACGGUGCCGUGUUUACGUUUGGCUCCGGCCAACACGGACAGCUUGGACACAACUCAUUAGAAAAUGAGCUCCGUCCUCGGCUUGUUGCAGAGCUCUGGGGGGCAAAGGUCACCACAACCGCAUGUGGGAGGUAUCACACCUUGGUGCUGACAGACCGGAUGAAGGCGUACUCCUUUGGUUGUAAUGACCAUCAGCAGCUGGGACGUGACGAGGAGAGUCAUCCGUCUGUCCCACUACCUGUCCAAAUACCUCUCUGUUCCACAAACGGUCACCGGAUUGAAAACAUCUUUGCUGGAGCAGAUUGUUCGUUUGCAACCUGGAGACCUACAGAGGAUGGAUUGAACUCAAAGAUCAACUUAACACAACAGCCCAUUGAAAAACUGGUGGCUCAAUGGACCUCUGAAUGUGAUGCACAGUUGGGGCAAGCGGCAAAACGGGAAAUUCAUAGAACAUUUUCCUCUCCUUCAAUUGUGAAUCGAAGUUUCCUUGAACAGAGCAAAGAUAAGCAUUUCCAGACCUCAUCAAACUACCCUGGUUUGGAUUUAUCGUUGGCCAAAAGAGUGUUUAAAAACCUGCUAACUAAGGAUGUUCUUCGAACCGAGGUGGAAAAGGCUGUGCUGCUGUUGCUUCCUCGUCUUGACAACAGACCGGUGGGAGUGGAGGGUUUGAGGGUCUUCCUGGUUCUGACUGAGCUUCUUCAUGUGACUCAGAAACAUCGUCAGCCACAGCUGGCUGAGGAAAUCACUGCUGCCUUCCAAAAACUUUCUCCUGAGAGCCUCCGGAUUAUAGGAGACUGGUGGUAUUCACUGUCAUCCUCUACCAUGACGAGACAUGUAAGCGUAUGGAAGGCGGCCCUCUCAUGGCGAGUUUCUCGCAUCUCAAUAAAGAGUAUCCUGCUGAUCCUCCAGAAUCUGUACAACGCCAACAGGAAGAAAAUCCCUGAAAAGACAUUUUGUGUGGAGUUUAAUCCAACAUUUCUUCAAGAAGAUCUGCAGCUCUGGCGUAGAAUGUCACUAAACGGGAUGGGGGAUAAUCAACCCCUCUUGCUCUGUGAUUUUCCAUUUCUUAUGGAUCUGAAGUCAAAGAAAAUGGUUUUUGACACCAACACUGCUUGUUCUCAGGCGGAGCUUCAGAAGGUUUUUGUUCCUCCCUUUGGAUGGAUUCCCCAGUCAAAUCUUUAUUUUGAACUCAACCUGAGCCGAGCUUCUCUUUUGGAGGAAGCUUUUGUUCAGCUGGCCUCUGCUCGUCAAACUGACCUCAAGAAGCCACUCGUGGUGCACCUUGAUGGAGACUCAAAGAUCACACGGGUCUAUAGAUUAGAUUUCUUUCAUCACAUCAACAUAGUUAAAGAAAAAAGAGAGAUGUUCAUGUUGAACGAGUCUAAAACACUAGCUUGGUUCUCCUCCAGAGCAGCAGAGAGCGACCAGCAAAACUUCCACCUGUUUGGGAUUCUGUGUGGACUGGCCUUGUACAACAACAACUUCCUACAAUUGCCCUUCCCACUGGUUCUGUUCAAAAAGCUGCUCGACAUUGAACCAACUCUGGAAGAUAUGAUGGAGUUCAGCCCAGGAGGGUGUCUGCGGUACAUAUUGGACUACGAAGACAACCUGGAAGACCUGGACAUCACCUUCGAGAUUAACUGGGAUGAGAAAGAUGUUGACCUUGAUCCUAGUAAUCCAGGAAAGCUGGUCACAAACCAAAAUAAGAAAGAGUUUGUGGAUGCCUACGUGAAUUAUGCCUUCAACACGUCAGUGGAGGGCGUGUUUCAGGAGUUCAAGCGCGGUUUCUUCCUGGUGUGUGACCAGAAGCUGGUGAAGCUUUUUAGACCAGAGGAGCUGCAGGGAGUCUUAGCGGGUGGAGACAUCUAUAACUGGGUGAAGCUCAAACAGAACACACAGUAUGAUUUGUUCAGUGACAAACACCCAACCAUACAGAUGUUUUGGGAAGUUUUUGAUGAACUUACAGAAGAACAGAAAAAAGAUUUUAUUUUGUUUCUGACUGGGUCUCGGAAAGUCCCUGUUCUUGGCAUGGACCAGAUCAGGAUGAAAAUAAGAAUAAAACAAAUCGAGAGUGGCUCCCAUGAUGAACAUUUCCCAGAGUCAUUGACGUGUCACUCUAUCCUUGAAUUGCCGUUGUACUCGACCAAAGAGAUCAUGCAGGAAAGACUGACGGAGGCCCUGGAACCAGAGAGAGGAUUCAGGACAUGAAUCUAUUAACAUCUCGCACACUAACUCACACACUAACUCAGGAAAAUACAUUGCAGUGCACUGAAAAUAUGCUAUUAAAAUGAAGUGAAAGCACUUAAAAUAUAUAUCUCUUAUAUAUUUAUACUAAACAAAUGACCUUUUUUUUUUGUCUGAUCUACUGCAGUUAGUAAUUUUAUUUGCUCAAGGCUUUGCUAAAUAAAGUAUUUUAUUAUUAUGUGAUAUGCAGACAUGUAUUUCCUUACAUGUUUACAUUUUUGGGUUGUCACUUGUUAUUCUUAGUGUUGUUUCUGAUGUGACUUUGUUCCCUGUCUGUUUAAACAAAGGGUAAAGAAGAUCAUUAUUUUUUUUUAUGAAACAUUGACCAACAUAUUUGAUGUGUAUGAUUUUGGUGAAGGCACUCAUAAAAAUGCAAUGUUUGUUCAAUUGUUGACUGUAUGGGGUUUUCUUUAUAACUUUGUAAUUUAGUAUUUUUGAUAUGUAAAGCUGCUGAAAUGAAACACAAAUCCACCUGACUUGACUUGACUUAAACUAUUUAUAUUAUCACUGAAAUAUGCCUUAAGUGAAUAUUAGCCACCAUGGCUACUCAGUGGCUGGGAGUCUGGUGAUGAUUUUAUGUUUUAGAAAUUGUAAUAAUUGCUUAUUCUUUGUGAUUUGUGACUUUCACAUUUGUAACUGUAUAAUAAGCUACAAUGUAGUUGGAAAUAAUUAAAGACUGGUGGUUAUUGGGGGGAAAAUGGGAUUUGGUUUGAGAAAAAUAUUGUCAUCAAUGCAGCUUGCUGGCUACAUUCCUAUAAUGUAUUUAAUCAAACUAAAAAAAUAUAAACAUA